GCGGGAGGCGCAGCGAGGCGAUGGCGCUGGUCGAGGUGUGCGGGCUCCCCCGCGGGGGCUGGGACUGGGCCCCCCCCGGAGCCGCCGCUGCGCCCCGGGGACCCGAUGACUACAGCUUCGGCCUGCGGGCGCCCGAGCUGGCCCUGCCCAGGGGGGAGCAGCCGGCCCAGUUCCUGCAGACCUACUCCGAGGAGGGCCGGGACCGGGUGCGGAUCCAGCUGGCCCACGGCACCACCACCCUGGCCUUCAAAUUCCAGCACGGGGUCGUCGUGGCUGUUGACUCCCGGGCAUCGGCUGGCAGCUACAUUGCCACCCUGGAGGCCAACAAGGUGAUCGAGAUCAACCCCUACCUGCUGGGCACCAUGUCGGGCAGCGCCGCCGACUGCCAGUACUGGGAGCGGCUCCUCGCCAAGCACUGCAGGCUGUACCAGCUGCGGAACAAGGAGCGGAUCAGCGUCUCAGCCGCCUCCAAGCUGCUAUCAAACAUGAUGUGCGAGUAUCGGGGCAUGGGGCUGUCCAUGGGCAGCAUGAUCUGCGGCUGGGACAAGAAGGGCCCCGGCCUGUACUACGUGGACGAUAAUGGCACCCGUCUCUCCGGCCCCAUGUUCUCUACGGGCUGCGGGAACAGCUACGCUUACGGGGUGAUGGACAGCGGGUACCGGCCCGACCUCAGCGUGGAGCAGGCCUACGACCUGGGGCGCCGCGCCAUCGCCCAGGCCACCCACCGCGACGCCUACUCCGGGGGCGUCGUCAACAUGUAUCACAUGAAGGAGGAUGGAUGGAUCAAGGUGGAGAAGACCGACGUCAGCCAAUUGAUCCACAAGUACCUGGAGGCCAGGAAGUGAGACGGGCCAGCGACCGGGGGCUCCGGAUUCAGGGACGCAGGAGACUCAGGGCCAGAGCGAUGGAGGGAGCACGGGAUGCGGUUAACGGGUUUCUGUGCGAUGCAAUAAAGAGAAACAGUGAAAACUCCAA